UCAGCGCGUCGGAUUUUCUUUGGUGGUCUGAUUGCUUGAGUAAGUCGGCACAGUCAGCAGCAGCGAUGGGUUGUGCAAGCACCUCGAUGGGCGGCUCCGUGGUCGAGCAGGGUAAGCCUGGCUCAGCACCCUAUACGGCGAAGGUCCACCCCAUGCACCAAGUCCAGGUCCUCGCUGACGACGAUAUCAACGCUGCGCCCAAUACGCCUUCGUCUGAGAAAGAAGCGGCAGAAAAUGGGGAGAGCGGGUAUCACGAGAUGAAAAGUAUCAGCAUGGGCACGGACGCUAUUGAGUCCAUGAUGCUGCACAUCCUGGAGGACAAGGAGCGCGAGGCGGUGCUGACCGAGAUCAUAAUUCCGCUGUGCCCGCCAGAGAAUAAUAACAAUAACAAUAACGAGUCGGAGGAACACGACUACGGGCUGAAGAGCUACGACGCAAAAUUCUACGACGGCUUCAAACCCAUGUCCGAGGAGCAGCGGGCCGACGAGCAGAGGACCAUCAUCAUGGAGGUGAUCAUGGAGGCGCAGGAGGAAGUCAAGCAGGAGGAGUAUAUGUUUAUGCAAACGAGCAGCGACGAGAAAAUAAUAGACGCCCAAGCCGAAGAAACACCCGAGCAGGAAGAGUGCAAAGAGGACAAAAACGAUGCCGCCGCCGCCGAUGAGAGCAAUGAGGAAAGCAAUGAGGAAGUCGACUCUGCACCUAGGGAGCAGACAGAGACGGAGCAGGCGACAGAGAGCAAGACGGAACAAGGAGCAGCGCUCGAGGCGAGCCACAAUGCCGCCGCCGAUGAAGAUGGAAGUUCUGAGCUGCUCUUUGACUUGAGCGCCGAGGACGUGGAGAUGCUCGAGGCCCAGUUGCGGGAACUUUCGGUCCUCAGCCCGAUUCCCGCGGUGCCACAACCCGCCGCCGCCCUAGACGGCCUGCUCGAGGGCCACGGGCUGAUGGCGGCGUGAGCAAUAUUAUUCAGUAAAUUGCACGCAGAAUUCGGGCCAGUCAAGAGAAAGCAAGGCCGAGUAGUGCUGGUAGUCGGUACACCGUUAGGGUGGAAUUUUGAACAAAGUUUUCCUCGUCGAAUAAAUUAAUUAAAUUGGCCCUGCGUGGCUGACGAAAUGCUACAACGCUGCAACAAAAUUAAUUAGCCGCGACAGCAUUUUUUCAUUUUAAAUCUGGGCCUCUUGUUUCAUUUUCCAGAUUAAAAUGAAAUUUACGCAUCGGAUUGAAAAGCCAAAUAUUGUUCUAAAUAUAUGACUGUCGAUGGGUUAAAAACUUGUUCUUGACCGACUUCAGAUUACAUGACUAUGGCAAACUGAAAAUUGCGCAAAAAUAUAUUACCUAUUUUCAUAAGAAAUUGUAUAAAUUACAUUAAUGUUUGUACAAUAGAUAGAAACGUUUGAAAAAUUAUUGAAAAUUUAGUAAAAGAAAAAUCGCAGUAGAGGUGCACUUAUAAGGGAGAUAAAAUAUUGUUGAUAGAUGUCAAUAAAGGUAGAAGCAUAAAUGGUGUAAUAUUUUUUCGUUUGAAAAUAAAUGCAGUUGCCUUUGUGUUCAACGAACUGUUUAUUUUUUACGUAUCUCUUUUUACAGAAACAUAAACAGCUCACCAACACCGACGAAUCUGCAUUUAUUUUCAAAAUAGUGAGUUGAUAUAAUGUUUUUGUAGUAAAAAAUUGCUCGAUAUGAAGGCCAGUCAAGUUAAUUCACUCAACUUUGAUUGGAUGAAUGGAAUUUGGCUCAUAGUAUUAUGUUAUUUUUAUUGAAUAAAUAAAUUUUCGUAAA